CCCGCUCGUCCGUAGAUCCACGCCGCGCGGAAGGUGUCUAGAGAGAGAGAGAGAGAGAGAGAGAGAGAGAGAGAGAGAGAUGGCGGCGGUGGCGGGCCCGAGCAGGACGGUGCUGGUGACGGGAGGGGCGGGCUACAUCGGGAGCCACACCGUGCUGCAGCUGCUCGCCGCUGGCUUCCGCGUCGUCGUCGUCGACAGCCUGGGGAACUCCUCCGAGCUCGCCGUCCGCCGCGUCGCCGCGCUCGCCGGGGACGCCGCGCGGAACCUUUCCUUCCACAAGGUUGAUAUUCGCGAUAAGGAUGGACUGGAAAUGGUUUUUUCUUCAACAAGAUUUGAUGCUGUUGUUCAUUUUGCUGGUCUGAAAGCUGUGGGUGAAAGUGUACAGAAGCCAUUGCUUUAUUAUGACUAUAAUGUUGUCGGCACAAUUAUUCUUCUAGAAGUUAUGGCAGCCCAUGGAUGUAAGAAGUUGGUGUUUUCAUCUUCAGCUGCUGUUUAUGGAUCACCUAAAAACUCACCCUGCACAGAAGAGUUUCCUCUCACUCCGCACAAUCCAUAUGGCAGAACCAAGCUCAUAGCUGAGGAUAUUUGCCGUGAUAUCCACCAUUCAGAUUCUGAAUGGAGCAUAAUUUUACUUAGGUACUUCAAUCCUGUUGGAGCUCAUCCCAGUGGAUACCUUGGUGAAGACCCAUGUGGAAUUCCUAGCAACCUCAUGCCCUUCGUCCAGCAAGUUGCUGUUGGGAGGAGACCAUCACUUACAAUCUUUGGAAAUAACUAUGCAACAAAAGACGGGACAGGGGUACGUGAUUAUAUCCAUGUAGUUGAUCUUGCGGAAGGACAUAUUGCUGCACUACGGAAGCUGUUUGAAAGCUCGACUGGAUGUGAAGCAUACAAUCUUGGAACUGGAAAGGGAACAUCAGUGUUGGAGAUGGUUAAGGCAUUUGAGAAAGCUGCUGGAAAGAAAAUCCCUCUGGUUAUUGGUCCACGGCGCCCUGGUGAUGCUGAGAUUCUAUUUUCGUCAGCUGCUAAAGCAGAGAGAGAAUUCAAGUGGAAAGCAAAAUAUGGCAUCGAAGAAAUGUGCAGAGACCAAUGGAACUGGGCUAGUAAGAAUCCUUUCGGAUAUGCGUCACCUGACUCCACCAAGCAGAAUGGUAAUUCACACUGAUGUGUGAACGAAGUUGUACAUGCGACGUAGAGCUACAGUUUGAGGUCGAUGUAGACCUAGUCGGUCAGUUAUACAGAUAAAGCUUAGAAAAAAGAUUUGUUCUGUUCUUUUGGACCAGUAUUGGUAUAAGUUUACGUUCUGCAUAUAGUUCAAAAUUGUUCUAGGAACAUUUCUAUAGUCAGUGAGCUAAUUCAAUUCUUUUCUUGCUAAUUUAGCCGCCUUGCCUUGCACAGUACUUGAUGCAGAUCCCUGCAUCACAAAAAUUGUAGCUGUAUACGGAUUUUGUAUCUCAAAUAUGAAUAGAUAGAACCACAGUUUGCAUU